CGCCUGCAUUCAGUCUGGUCACAUCAGGUGAAUCAGAGCGUGUGUUUACGUUUUUAUAUACAAAUUGUUUGUGACACUAAAUUGGUUACAUUAAUUACGAUUUUUUCUAAUUAGUUAACAUUAACAUAUAAACUUAGUUAACAUAUAAAAGUCAAUUUCACGUAAAUCAAUAACGUUUAAUUACAUAAAUUGUUGAGUGAUGUACUUAGUACACAAAAUUGUUUAUAAUUGCACUGUACUGGGACACAAAUUUGUUUACAGUGACGCUAUUAUAGUAAAUUAUUGUUCAUAGAGAUCAUAUUUGAGACACUAAAUUGUUUACAGUGGCUUCGUUUAGAUCACGGAAUUGUAUAUAAUUUAGUUUGGGACACAAAAUUGUUUACGAUGAAACUGACAGGUGUUGUGCUACUGUUUUUGUUUUCGAAUGUGUAUUCGUGGGGUCGCGGCGAUUUGGAGAAAUAUGGACCCUUUCAAAUUGCUUUGCGGUCGAAUUUGAUCAAAUGUGAGCACGACAGAACUCUAAACCUGGAUGUCAGCGGUAUAGACGUCUAUUUUUACGACUUCCCGCGAAACGACGUCGAAACCUUCACAAUCGACGGCGCGGCGAGAGGAAUUCUAGCAAUAAAGGAGCUCGACAAAACGAGGAAAUUCAUUAUCUUUGUCGCGGGAUACAAAUCAAAUAUCAACAAAAGAACCGAGGAACGAGUCAGAGAUACGUUCAGGAACUAUCCGAACAGCUAUUUAAUCAUCCUAGACCAUUCCCCAUACACAAACGACAAACAAGGACAAAUUAAGAGUUACGAACGAUCAGUAAGAUACGUCCACUACAUUGGAAAAGCAUUGGCUCAAAUGUUGGCAGACUUGAAACAAGGUGGAAUUAGCCCGAAGAACAUGCACUGUAUUGGCCACAGUCUAGGGUCCCAAAUUCUUGGAAAUACAGGAGAAAUUUUCUACGAAAUUACUGGAACUAAAAUCGCUAGAAUCACAGCUUUGGACCCAGCAGGACCUUGCUUUUCAAACAGCUUAAUUCAAGAGCAAAUCAGGUCGGGUGUGGCGGAUUAUGUUGAGGUCUACCAUUGUAAUGCUGGAGGGUUAGGUACUACUAGCGUACUGGGAGAUGUAGACUUCUUUGUGAACAAAAAAGGUCAGAGCCAACCUAAUUGUAAAACCCCUUUCGUACCAGGCAUCUUCGACUCUUCGAAAGCUGCUAAAUGUAACCAUAGGGCUUGUAUAGACAUUUGGACGGCUACUGUUAGUAAUCCUAACUGGUACUUGGCGUGGAAAUGUGACUCGUACCGGAAGUUCAAGAAGGGCAAUUGCGCUGCUAACGAAGUUACCAUUGCUGGUUUCUGGAACCCUGGGAACGCUACCGGUGUUUACUACUUCUCCACUGAUGGCUAUGACAUUUAAAUUGAUUAUAUUUAUUGAUUUUU